UCGCUUCACCCCAGUCUCACCCCUGACGGAAAGGGCCGAAGGUAGCCGACGACACCCGAGCGGCACGCGUACGGAGCCCGCACGGAAAACAUUUAAAAAUCUCAACUCACAUUAUUAUGUAAUAUUUUACAACAUUUUUUAUUAAAACAAAAUCAUUUUUUAUACUGUGAAAAUGCCCGCGAAUAUGUCAAGUGCGUUGCAUUUCGGAUACACGUACAAGUGUUUUGUGGAUCACAAGUUGUAUCAAGACUGGCUAUAUUGAUUUUCCAGUGACGUGCGAUAGAAACGUUGUAUGCGGAAUACAGUGUUAUUAUUAGAUUGUGUAGUGCUUUUAAUAAUUCAGAAGAAAAACACUGACUUAACUGAAAUAAAACAUAUAUAACAAAUAACAAAUAACAAAAAAAAAAAAAUCACUAAAUCGGUAUGCAAGUCAAUCGAAAGACUCAACAGUGUUGAAAAAAAUAAAAUGACUAUAAAUUUAUUACAACGCCAUCUCUCGGCGAGAUGACUGAACAAUGUUGGUGAAAUGUGAUUAUUUUUUAUGUUCGUGAUUGGAGCCGGCGUCAAGCGUGAAGAUGGAAGGCGGAGGUUCUACGGGGACCUCAGAGGUCUACCAGUAUGUGGGACCUUUCAGGCUGGAGAAAACCUUGGGAAAGGGACAGACAGGUCUGGUGAAGUUGGGUGUGCACUGCGUCACGGGGAAGAAGGUAGCCAUCAAAAUCAUCAACCGGGAGAAACUUAGCGAAUCUGUACUGAUGAAGGUUGAAAGAGAAAUAGCAAUUAUGAAAUUGAUAGAGCACCCCCACGUUUUAGGACUGUCCGACGUUUACGAGAAUAAGAAAUAUUUAUAUUUAGUAUUAGAACAUGUCAGCGGUGGUGAACUCUUCGACUACUUGGUGAAGAAAGGCCGGCUGACUCCCAAAGAAGCGCGGCGGUUCUUUAGACAAAUCAUAUCUGCACUGGACUUCUGUCAUAGUCAUUCUAUAUGCCAUCGCGAUCUGAAACCUGAAAAUUUACUAUUGGACGAGCGGAAUAAUAUAAAAAUAGCUGAUUUCGGAAUGGCGUCUCUGCAGCCGGCUGGAUCGCUGCUAGAGACAUCUUGCGGCAGUCCCCAUUACGCCUGCCCAGAAGUUAUUAGGGGGGAAAAGUAUGACGGUCGACGAGCGGAUGUUUGGUCGUGUGGGGUAAUAUUAUACGCACUGCUGGUCGGGGCGUUACCCUUCGACGAUGAUAAUUUACGUCAAUUACUUGAAAAGGUAAAACGUGGAGUGUUUCAUGUCCCUCACUUCGUGCCGCCCGACUGCCAGCAGUUGCUGCGAGGGAUGAUUGAAGUUAACCCCGAGAAACGAAUGACGUUAGCUGAAAUAACGCGGCACCCGUGGGUGACGGCGGGCGGGCGCGGCGAGCUAGAACAGGAGUUGCCCAUGAUGGAAGUGGUCCAGACCAGGGUGCUGCCGUCCGCGGAGGCCAUCGACCCUGACGUGCUCCAGGCUAUCUGCAGUCUCGGCUGCUUCAAGCACAGGGAGAAACUUAUACAGGAGCUGCUGAGUCCACACCACAACACAGAGAAAGUGAUAUACUUCCUCCUACUGGAACGCAAGCGGCGGCGGCCGGCGCGGGACGACGAGCCGCGGCCCGCUGCGCCCGCGCUGCCCCCCGACCCGCCGCGGAAGAGGCUUGACACUUGUCGGGUAAAUGGACAGUCGGCACAUUUCGGUCAGAUCAGCGAAGGAUCUCCCAUAACGCCUAGAAGAUCACAGUACAGGUUUGGUCGCAGUAGGUCUGCCUCGGGCCGGAGGGGGGAGGGACGCAGUUCACCGCAGCUGCCUGCCAGCCCGCCUACCGGCCACACGCCACAUCGAGUAUCAUCCCUGGGAGGUACACCGGCCACUCCUGGAUCACCAUUGGGUAAAUCUUCCCCCUCAGUACGAGAGCAUCAUCACCAACGAGCGAAUUCCACCGGACCUACUAUUAGUCUAAAUAUAAGUGGUGAGCCGGGCGAGGCGGUGAUUAUAAUAAACGAGUCACCAAUAAUGGGCUCGUCCGUCGCAGUCCGGCCACACAGCCCCUCGCAAACACAUAGAGUGCGAGAAAGAUCGUCUCUGCCGGGUCCCCCAAGCACUACACAGUCGCCGGCGCAACCCUCGCUCUUCCCUAACUUAGGUACUAUUACAAGCGUGGCCCCGGGCGGGGUGGGCAGCGGGGUGUGCGGGGGCGGCGCGGGCGCGGCGGCCCCCUGGCGGGUGCGCCUCGCCACCAUCAAGAACUCCUUCCUCGGCUCGCCGCGCUUCCAUCGGAGGAAAAUGCAGACAUCCUCAGAAGAGGUGCAUUUAACUCCGGAAUCAUCACCGGAGCUGACGAAACGGUCGUGGUUCGGUUCCCUGCUGUUGUCAGCUGACAAAGAAGAAACCUUCACGGCGUUAGUAAAGGGGAAACCACUAGCUACUGUCAAAGCAGAUUUAAUACAUGCGUUUUUAAGUAUAGCUGAAUUAUCGCACAGCGUGCUAAGUCCGAUGUCGUUUCGUGUGGAGUACAAGAGGGGAUCCAACGCGCCCGCCAUGUUUCAGAGGCAUGUGCGGUUUCAGGUUGACAUUUCAACAAUAACGAAAGCACCCGGCGAGAAUGGCAAGGAGUAUUUAUACGCUAUCACGUUCACCUUACUAUCAGGCAACAUCCGCCGCUUCCGCCGCGUGUGUGAAGUAGUGCAGGCGGCCGUGUGUCGCGCGCCCGGCGCCGGCCGCGCCGCCGCGCUGCACCCGCCCUCGCCGCGCGCGCAGCGCAGGAACAUACACCCACAUGCGGCCGGCGAGAUCCCUGACAGUCCGGAGACUCCGCACCAGCAAUCCGACCACGACAGCGACUCCUCAGUCUUCGACACCGUCAAGAGUCCCACCAGUCAUACCUCUAUAGACCAACUUGAUCAGAACGGUACACACCCGCUCGGCUCGAGUUCGUCAGUCACAAGCGGGUCCAGCGGUUACAAGCAGGGGGGGCGUGGACGCCGCGGACAGGACCCAGCCUCCGCCUCCCUCGACCACGAGAUUAUGAGCUGCGGCCGAGAUCUGCCAGGCACCCAUACAAAACGUUCCUCGUCCGAAUGUCGCGAGGCGACAUCGUCCCCACGACGCGGCCUCGACUCCAGAGAGAACUCCAUCAAGGAUGAGUUGCGACGCAACAAUUCUUUGCGCGACAAUCGUCGCGACUUGUUGCAACGCGACAGGGAUGUCGCACCGCCUACUACAUCGAUUGCGUGAGAAUAGAUUCACCAAGUUUUGGGAAUAUGUGAUGGGGCAUGAGAAAUGAUUACAUAAAAUGGGUUUAUGGCCUUUUGAGGUUAAGCUUGGCAGAUAAGCUAAGAGCUUAGAGGCGCUGAAGUAAUAAAGAGAUAUAAUUAUAUCGAAUUGAGUAUUUUUUUGCUAAAAUCGCAAGUAAUAUAAGAUAUGAACUGGGCUUAUCAGUUAAGUCUUUGACUGCCAAUAGAAAACUGUUGAAGGCAAAUCCUCCGCUAACGUCGGUCACCGGUGACCACCACGGCGUUCAAUGUGUUAAACAUAACAACAGAAAGACGAUAGACACAACUACAUAAAUAUUGCAGGCGAAUGAAAAAUAUUUGUUUUAUUGUUGCUUAUAUCAUAAAAGACAAAGCAAACAUUUGAACUAGCAUUGAAGUAAAAUACGGCAUUCCAAAAAGUCUUAAAAGACUCCGACAUAAUUCACUCACGAAAUCGAACGAAUGAAUGAACGAAAACGAAUUGCAAUCAAAUCUAAAGUCAAAAUCAAAGUCAAAGUCAUUUAUUUCAAUUAAUCUUUAAUUAGGCACUCUUGAAACGUCAAAUUGAAUUGUCCGAUAGUAAAGCUAGGUGCUCGUUCCAAAGUGGGGCUUCGAAUGGAUUCAGAUUGCAUGUAUUUUAAAAAUUGUUAGAUAAAAGUUCGAAUUCGAAAGAUCAGCUAAAAUACUUGCUUACAUACAUUCUAAUCACGAAUUAUUGAAACUUUUGUAUACUAAAAAAUAAUUACCUAUUUUUUUUUGUGUCAAUAUCGGUUUUAUAAUAGGUAUAAAUCUAAAAGGAUAUCAUUUAAAAACCAAUUUUAAAUUAUUUCUCUUGGGAUUUUUUCAUUCCUUAUCACAUAUUUCGAACUUUAAAUGCAAUGUCACGAAAAUUGUCAUCAAUUUGUAAUUCAAUUUGAGUUAGACCAAAAAGUUGAAUAAGUAAAAUAUUAUAGAUACCUAAAAUUCUACAUUUUUAUUUCAAAUUCGGUGAAGGAUAUUUCUUGUCAUGGAAUUAAACUCAGUGUUUGUCGAAUAGGCCUAAAACAGAAAUAUUUCUUUAAGGGUUAUUUUUCCGAUUGUUCAAAUAGGUCGAACUCAAUAUGAAUUAUAAAUGUAGAAACGACCAUAUAAUGCUAAGCCAUGCUUACUACCAGUACCUAACACAUGUACUUACCUAAGAUUAAAGUAUUAACUGUUGAAAAAAAAACUGUUGAAGGCAAAUCUUCCGUUAAGUGUCCGUCACCACUAGUGGCCGACGUGGUGGUUGAUGUGAAAAAUCUGUCAAAGCUUAGAAUUUAUGAUCGUUUACAAAGUGAUAAUUUUAUAACAUCAAGUGGUUAUCUGGUCUGAAGAGGGUACAACUCUGUCUUCAAAGACUUAUAAAAAUAUUGACUUUAUAAUCAAACACAAUCUCACAAGCGUAUUAUAUAUUUUUUAGU